UUGUACCCGCUGUUCCAUCGCUGCCAUUCGCUAGGGCAGACAAAACAGGCAAUUGACGAUUACUUCUGGAAGUAGCGGAAAACGUAACUGAAUUCGGAAAAUAUUUUUCUUCAUUUCUUUUCUCCCUUUGACAAUCAGAGUGGAAAUUUCACUGCCUUUCUGCAAGACAUGUCUACAAGAGUGGCUCAUGCUCAGGACGCACACCCCCCUACGGAGAAGCCGGUGAUCCAGUGCUGUAAAUGUGGGGAGCCGUGCAGGGGAGAGGUCCUGAGGGUGCAGUCCAGGCACUUCCACAUCAAGUGCUUCACCUGCAAAGUGUGUGGCUGUGACCUGGCCCAGGGGGGAUUCUUCAUGAAGAACGGAGACUACCUGUGCACCCUGGACUACCAGCGCAUGCACGGCACCCGCUGUAAUGGCUGCGGGGACUUUGUGGAAGGAGAGGUGGUCACUGCACUGGGGAAGACCUACCACCCCACCUGCUUCGUCUGUACCCUCUGCAAACGGCCGUUUCCUGCGGGCGAUCGAGUCACCUUUAAUGGGAAAGACUGCCUGUGUCAGCGCUGCGUUCAGCCUAUGUCUCCAUGUCCCAAAGACAUUGCCAGCUCCAGCAACUGUGCGGGCUGUGGCAGAGACAUUAAGAAUGGCCAGGCUCUGUUGGCACUGGAGAGACAGUGGCACCUGGGCUGCUUCAAGUGUAAAACCUGCGGGAAGGUGCUGACUGGAGAGUACAUCAGCAAGGAUGGCUCCCCGUAUUGUGAGAAAGAUUACCAGAUACAUUUUGGGGUGCAGUGUGAGGCCUGUCACCAGUAUAUCACAGGGAAGGUUCUAGAGGCGGGGGACAAGCACUACCAUCCGAGUUGUGCACGAUGCAGCAGGUGCAACCAGAUGUUCACAGAAGGAGAAGAAAUGUACCUGCAAGGAUCCACAGUGUGGCAUCCGGACUGUAAGGACACCACCAGAGCAGAGGAGAGACACAGGCCGACGAGGUCAUCGUCCGAGAGUAUUUGUUCCCGACCUGGUUCAAGCAUACCUGGCUCACCGGGUCAUACCAUCUAUGCAAAAGUAGACAAUGAGAUCCUUGAUUACAGAGACUUAGCAGCCAUCCCCAGAGUCAAGGCCAUUUAUGACAUUGAGCGCCCAGAUUUGAUUACCUAUGAGCCCUUUUACAGCACAUCGCUGGAAGAGAAACAGGACAGGCAGAGUGUGGGAGAGCCUGCGACCUCCAGACGAGAGAGAUCUCCCCUCCUGCUGGACCAAUGUCCCCCCAGCACCAGUAGAGACAGCUCCCCCAGGCGCAGUGAAACACCUCAGACCCCUAGACCUGACCAGUCCCCCAUCCUAGAGGAGAGAUCUCCAAGGACGCUUUCUCCCACACCCUCUGCAGAAGGUUGCUAUGAUACAAGGGACCGCAUCAUUCAAAGAUCCACCAGUCAGGGCUCUAUUGGCUCACCUGUAUACAAUCGCCAUAGCUACACACCCACACUGUCACGGUCGCCCCAGCACUUCCACAGACCGGAGCCGCUGACAGGGAUGCAGAAGCUCUGCUCCUCCUUACGCAGCGGCCCCGCCCUCAGCGACUCGCGCCCCACCUCCCCUUUUCGCCACCACUUCAUGCCCCAUAACAAAGAUUCCUUCUACAUAGGCAAUGAGCCGUCCAGCGGUCGGAACUCCCCUCUCUCCUCUCGGUCAGACAGCCGUCCGGUCACUCCAACUCUCUCUCUGAACCCUAAACAUUUCCAUCUCCCAGAUCAAGGCGCCAACAUUUACAGAAAACCCCCGAUCUACAAGCAGCACGAUUCAGCUGCAAUGGCUGCACAAAGCAAGUCUGCCGACGACAUCAUCAAAUCCGCCAAGUUCCCAGCAGCCUCCGCUCCUGGCCCGGACCAAACGCCAAAGAUUGAGACAGACUCCUGGCCCUGUCCGCCCUCCCUUGCUGCAUUAGGUUCAGAUGGCAGACGUCGCUCACGAGAGGAGGAAGAGGAGGAGAUUCUGAAAAGGCGACAGAUUCAGGAGGAGCAUCUCAACAAGAUCCAGUCUGGUUUGGGGAAGCUGAUCCUAAAGGAAGAGAUGGAGAGGGAGCUGAACCGGGAGCGCUACUCCCGGAGUGUUUCCGCCCAGCGGUGUGAUCCACAGUACACCAACUGUACAGCAGACCCCAGCUCCCCGGCAUCCAAAACAUCUUCGUUGCCUGGAUAUGGAAGAAACGGGCUCCAUCGGCCCCAAUCGACAGACUUCACCCAGUACAACAGCUAUGGAGACGACUGUGGAGGAGGGAGAGAUUUCAAGGUAAGUAAUUCACUCACAAUGUUCCCGCAGUUCAAAGCAUGUUCACUGCCUUGCAUGUCCAUAUAUGUCGCGGGGUCAUGUCACGUUCUGGAGCGUACACAUUUACCAGAAUGCAGCUCGCUGCCAUCUGCUACGCUUACAUAUAUAUGUUCUGUUCGGCGAGGAAGAGGAUUACACACGUUCCCACAGAGCCCAUGUCCGAAAAGUUUAACUCUCUACAUGGAAGGAAAUCCCAAAGACCCAUGUGGUAUCGUAAAAAAUUGUGUGGUUCAUAACAGACCAUUUUAUUUGGAAGUCCAUUUCAGUGUAAAACUGAAAAAUAAAUAAUAAAUACUAAAUACUGUAAAUACUGCCCCUAUAUGGCUAGGCAAGUCAUCAAAUGCACCUCUUUUGACCGUAAACUAUGACGCCCUUAGCGGGAGUGGUCAGGAGGUGCCAGAGCCGUUUGUUAUGUCCCUGGGGGUUGUCGUGGUAAUGAGUGAGCGCCAUCUCGUGUGCUAGCAGCAGGGUGACUGUAUUUCCUGUGUAGCACCAACCGGCUUUAUCAACAGGCUGAAGACCUCAGCAUCCAAAAGCAUUUAUUCUACCUAUCACAUGUGUGUGUUCUGUUCUAUAGCCCAUUCAGGAUGGC